AUGCAAACUGCUCGCUUCUGGCUCAAUACAACGUCGGAGGACAUUCGCUGCUUCUAUGACUCGGAUGGGUCUAGACAUUGGGAGGUUCUCAAUGGAAUCACCACAGAUGCGUCACUUCCUGCACAGAGAUCUGGAGUUAGCAGCAUAUCAUUACCACUAUCACACUGUCCAUCCCUCGCAGAAAUUGACAGGUUCCUUUUCCACUACUUCAGCCACACCUGCACCAUCCGAAGAUCUCUCGUCGACUACGACAACCCAUGGCGCUCAGUCCUGCUUCCACUCUGCUACCAGUCAGACGGUCUCCUCCAUAUGGCCAUCGCAUGGGCCGCGCAUAUCCUUCGUAACCAGUGCGCAAGCCGAGAUAUCCCUCGCUACGACCAGAUGAUUCUAGCCCACAAAUGCCGCUCAUUGAAGUAUCUCCGAAACAUGGUCCCGCAGCGCACAGAUGACAGAGAUGCAAUAUCCUUGGCUGAGACGAAAGCUGAGCGAGACGCUCUUUUACUCUUAGUCAUGUUCCACUGUCUCCUUGAGGUUGCGAGUGGCAGUAUCAGGGAGUGGACUUAUCAUAUGAGAGGCGCGCUCUUGAUAAUUAAAUUCUAUACCAACCCGAAGGUAGAAAACAGGCGGGAGGUCUUUAGCCAUGAAGUACUGGAGCUCGUCUAUAGUUUCUUUCUAGAGAAAGGAACCUUCCUUGGAACUACCAUGACCGCCACGACGGGCAAUGAUGAAGAAGACAGCCUGGAAUGGUCCACCGAAGUCCCGGCCAUAUUCCCCUUCCUCACAGGCCGGGGGUCUGUGAAAAUAAAUCCCUGCAUGGGAUUAUCCCACGAGUUACUCGACAUCAUUUCCUCCAUCAGCAACCAAACAAAGCACCAUCCCAGAGAUACAACCCAAGCAUUCACAGCCCUCCACAGCCGUCUCACCAAUCUGGCAAUACAAACGCAGACACAACCUGCAGAUCAGGACAUUACAGACACAGAUACAGCCAAUCUAAUGAACCUACACUCCAAAGCCUUCGAAUCCGCCACCUGGAUCUACCUCCACCACGCCCUCGGCGCCGCACCCCGUGAUUGCAAAGCCAUCCAAACCCUCCACCUGCCAAUCCUCCUAACCACCCUAUCCCAGAUUCACAAGAUGCACGGCCCCCUCCUUGGGUUCCUGCCUUACCCCAUGUGGGCGCUGUUCAUCGCCAGCUGUGUUGUUUUAGAGCAAGACAGGGUGAAGAUCCUGGAGUGGUUUACUGUGCUUAAUUGCAAGAAGCCGGUCAGUAAUGUUCCUUCUACGAUGGCUGCUGUUGAGGCGGUUUGGAAGAGGAGGGAUCUUGAGGCUGUGUCUGAGGUGGAUGGAGUAUCCCCUGGUUACGGUCCUUCUGCAGGCGUACAGCCGGAGAAGCGUGGUCCUAUUUGGAUGGCUGCAAUCUCGCAGUUGGGAUGGAAGAUGCCGUUUACCUAG